AUGGUUACAACAAGAUCGGCCACUCGUGUAGUCGGUAAUGACUCCACAAGAGCAACGGUCUCAAAUCCAGGAAGGCUUGUCCCUCAAGCUAGUACUAGUGACGAGGAUUCAGAAGACCCUGAUAUUGCUCCGUGCCACGUCAAAAAAAGAUCCAAGAAACGCGCAGGUCAUCGCGUCAAAGCAAAGUUGAAGCGCCGUGGACGACUCGACCUAAUGCCUACCAUGAACUUGGAUAUUCUAUAUCAUAUACUUAGCUUUCUUCUUCCAAUGGACCUUUUGAAUCUAUCCCGAACCAGCAAGGACUUUCGGAAUUUAUUGCUGCAGCGAUCAUCCGCUUCUGCUUGGAAAACUGCCCGUCUCCAGGUUGAUGGCCUUCCCGAUUGUCCCCAAGACAUGAGUGAACCACAGUAUGCAAAUCUUGCUUUUUACCCACAUUGCCAUAAUUGCGACAGGGUUGUCCGAUCUGUUUUAUGGUCACUUCGGGCACGAUACUGCCCCAGAUGCAUCGGUGAAAACACUAUUGAUCAAUGGAGCGCAGUGAGCCGCUUCCCAUGGACGCUAAAUUUCAAUUCGUAUGACUUACCUCAUGCAAUUAUAUACGGACCGGGGCGACCAAAGCAGCUGUUUUCCAAGAAGGCAUUCGAUGAACUACGUGCCGAGUUCUCGAAGACGCCAGUGGACGAGAUGGCAGCUUUGUUGCCUAAGAAGCAAAAGCAUGCCGCUGAGGUUAUGAAACAUGCAGAGCAAUGCCAGCAGUGGUCAGAGUCCGUCGCAAGUUCUCGCAAAGACGAACUUGACGCCAUCAGACGCUCCCGCCAGGACGAUAUCGUGAAUCGCCUUACUGAAGCAGGCUACAAGCCUGAGUUGGACUAUGUGAAUAGAUUCUGGUUGCAAGACCAACUGGGGACAUCUUUCAAGGAACCAAAACCUCUUAAUCAAAAAUCGUGGGAUCGUAUGCGCCCAGAUUUGAUUACAGCGCUCGAUAAUGUCAGGAUGCGUCGCAUAGAAGAUAAAAUUUACGGUCCUCGGCGCCAGAUUCUGAUGGAUGAAUACAACAAGUACCUCCAGGAUCUCCCUCCCCCGAACGCAGCAUUUGACCUGAUGCCACACGCCGUCGACGUUGCAGAUUUCGAGCCCUUUAGAGUUCUCAUCAUGUCACCUGAAUCAGCAACAGUUACUGCGACUUCAUUCGUCUCUGCUUUUCAGCAGCUGCCGAACUUUGUUUCCUCCUGGAGAGCCAAAAUCGAUCGCGAAUUUUUAGACCUGAUCCGUUGUCCAGAAAGCCAGGGUGAUGUCGGAAAACAGCAGGAUGCAGAUUGUUUGCAGCUGGCAACUGCUGCAUUCGUUGUGGAAUCUGGCAGUGAUCGUCGUCUACUUAUGUAUCCCGAGGUGCUCUCGUGGCCUGGAUUUUUCGCCCCGGCACCUGUCACGCUGCAUGACGAGAUUUACCUUCUACAAGUGAAACAGUUUGGGUGUCGGAUGUGGUCGGCCGUUAGACAUUCUCCUCGGAUCAGUGUUUUCGAGGGAACUGCAGCUAUUGUUCAGGCCGCUAAUCUCGACCCGAAGACUACGCGUCGAGAGCACAUGGAUGAACUGGAUACUCGCUUUGCAUGCGGAAAGUGUUCCACGCCAGGCAGAAAGGUGGUUAUGACAUGGGACAUGGCGGUGAUGCACAGCUAUCGCCUGCACAGAGAUCUGCAACCUGAAGAGAUUAAGUGGGCAAUGAUAGAGGGUGACGAGUUGCAAAAUGUCAAGGAUUAUGAGAAAGAAGCCAAAUCUCCUGCGAAGGCAGAUGCUAUCGUGUAUUGCGCCUUGUGUCAGCAUCAUGUGCGCGAUGCCCUGUCACUUACUUCCAUUCAGAACCAUCUGGCUGAGAUCCAUGGGAUUCCCUCGAAUGAGGUCGAACAGGGCACACACUACAUUCCUGACCGCAAUUCAACAUCCGUGAUCUCUAUGGUUGUGGACAGCGACAGCAAGGUAUCAAACCACGCCGACCAUCGCUUAGUUCCGUCAUACUCUAGUGGUGUAGAACUCCUAUACUGGAAAAGUCACUUGGUCUAG